GAAUUCCAACACCUGACUUACCCAUACCUCAUUGCGCACCUCAUGCGCUCUUUCCGUGAUAAAUACUGUGAUCCCCACCUCGCUCUCUCCAUCUUCAACUACGCCCAGCACUUAAGUAUCCCAAGCUACGUAUUCGGAUGCACCACUCCCGCAUACAACGAGCUGAUAGAAACCCGCUGGUCAUGCUUCCACGACCUCAGAGGCGUGCAUGACGCCCUCGAAGAGAUGCGCUUCAAUGGCGUCGAGCCGGAUGGCAGAACCAAGAAACUCGCCGAAAAACUAAGGCGCAAAGUAGGCGCGCGCACGAUUUGGGAAGAGGAGUCUGUGUUUGGGAGUGGAGAAGUCGUCGGGAUGUUGUCUAAGAUUGAGCAGCUUACUAUUAAGGAGCCGAGAAGGAAACAGGAGAAAAGGCCGGGUAAGAAAUUGCCGGCUUUGGAUGCAUGGAAGGAUGAUGCACUCAAGGAGGACGUGGAGGACAGGUAUGAGUUCGGCCAG